AUGGAGAACAACUUCCAUGAGUUUGCGCCCACGUUUGUGAAGCGCGAGCGAUCUCCAGACCCUUGGGAGACCCCCGAGGUCCCGAGCCCAAAGCGCCACGCCGAUGAGACCACAAGUACUGCGGCCACCCCAGUCAAGUUCCCUUGGAGGGAAUGCGAAGAGCUUGGAGACGUAGAGCGUCUUAAAAUCAAGGAGAAAGCCGUCAUACAAGCCGAAGAAUAUUGCGAGCAAAUCCGAACAGUGCUUGAACCUGUCUUAAACAUCCGCCACGACACUCCAGAAUCGAUUAUGAUGGGACUGGGGAUCGUGAAGCACUGGUGUGCAGAGCAUGGCAAGUACCACUUGACACUUUCUCUUUUCCGACAAAUUCUGGUCGGAGUCGAAGGACCGACUGGAGCAGGCAAAUCGUCUUUCUUGGGAUCACUCCUCAAGAUCCCAGAGCUUUUCCCGUCUGGCCAGGAGUCUGCAGCAACCGCAGUGAUCGGAAAGGCCUCCUGGAAUUGGGUGGAAGACCCUGAACGUCUAUUUAGAGCUCAAGUUUUCUUUCGAACAAUUGGCGAGAUUGAGAAAGAAGUAAAAUCGCUCUUGAAAGAACUGAACCGCUGGUUGAGCCUCAAAGCUGGUCAUUUUGACGACACUAACGAUGCCGAGAAAGCAGAUGCCAUAUCUAUCUCUCGAAGCACGAUCGAGCACCAACUCCCUCGGGUCAACGCUGUCUGGGGUAUGAACGAGGAGCAACUCCUCCAACUUGCAAAGAGCUGUCCCCGACAUAUGACCUACAAGAAGGCAACCGAGACAGUCUUGGACAGAAAUCCCACUGCCAUAAGGUUUCUACGUCAAGGUGAAAAGGAUUUCAACGCGAGCACAGCAGAGAUGCUGUCUAAGUCUAUCAAGCCAUUCCUCGAUUCCAGCUCCAGCACUUAUGGUGGUGGGAAUCAGUUCUCUGCCUGGCCACUAGUCAAUGGUGUUCACAUCUACGCCAAGGCUGAUAUUCUCAAGUCUGGAAUCACUCUCGUUGAUCUUCCUGGCUGUGGCGAUGCCGUUAAGAGUCGGUCUGAAGUAGCACAGAAAGUGUCUCACACGCUAGAUGUACGAAUGGUGGUUAGCCCCAUCAUCCGGGCAGCAGAUGAGAAACAAGGCCAAGCGCUUAUGCAGAAUGGGUUCGACGAAGCACAAAUGAGACUCCGUGGAAAGAUGGAUGGACGUGGGUUUUGCGUCAUUGCCUCAAAGAUGGACGACAUGAAGGUUGACUCCUACAUCGCUGGCUGCCCCGAGUUGGCCCACAGAAAUGAAGUCAUCCAGAAAGAGAAUGAGUUUGUCGGCCUGAAGGCUGAAAAAGCCGUGCUCAAGAGUACGCGCAGGGACCUUAAGGCAGCGAAGAAGCAGGCGGAAAGUGAGUGGAAGAAGGCCACAAAAGCUUACGACAAAGCGAAGAAGAAGCAUCAGGUGAAACUGCAAACCGAUCCCAAUGCGAGUGAUGAGCAUUUGUCGACCCUUCGAACACAGCGAAAUGAAAAAUCCGAGGCAUUCACUGAUGCUGACAAACAACUUGAUCAGUGUGAAGUGCGCCAAACGCGAAACUCCAUUGAGAUGAACUACACUCGUGAUUGGAUUCAUCAUCGAGCUAUCCAAACCCGCAAUGCUCGCGUAAUCAAGCGCAUUCGCACUGAUUUUAAUGCGCGACAGAGCAGGCUCGAUCAUGAACAAGCUUCUGAACAUCCCGAAGAUCUGGAAUUACGCGACUAUGAGCUCCCGAUCCUCCCAGUGUCAACCAGGGCCUUUUGGCAACUGGAGAGCAACGACACUUCAAUGCCUGGAUUCCCCAACCAGACCUAUACAGGUAUUCCUGCUGCCGAGAAAUGGAUUCAUGGGGCCACCUUGGCGAAGCGCGAGAAACAUCUCGAUGAGACCCUGGAUGGUUAUCAAAAUCUCAUGACCAUGAUGCGUAUCUACUCUGCAACAAAUGGGCAGGAUGGCGACUUCAACUUCACACGAUCGGAGGUCGAGGCUGUCUUGGCCGAGACCCAUUCUUUCUAUACCCACAAAAUGGGAGCCAAACUGGCCGAGGCUUGUAUCCAGAUCUACAAACUUGAUCCACUCGAGCACAAGGACAUUGCCAAAAGAAGGUUCUUGGGUAAAGCCCAGCGCAUUGUUCAGAAAUGGGGAUACAAGUACCCCGACCGCGAAAAUGAUGUUGAAAGAAUGGUCCACAGCACCUACGCUGCCAACCUCAGACGCAACGGCGCUGAGUACAAAAGCGUCGGGGUUGGAGUCACCUACACUUGGAUUGAGAACCUAGCCGCACCCAUCCUGAAGACGCUCAGCCGAGACUGGGACCGAAAGAUGAACAAUCAGCUACCACUCAUCAGAACACCAAUGAUGUCGGACUAUUCGGGAAUCUUUACCGAGUACCUGAACGCAAUCCAGCGCGUCAUCAGCGAGAAGAUACCCGUCCUAGAAGCUUGCUUUGCGAAUAUGCGACCGAUCCUUGAGAAUUCCCAACGUACUACUGAAACACAAAUCGGCCAGAUCCUGGGAACACUUGCUGAGAGAGCGGCCAUUGUUGCAAUCAACGUUGCCAAAACUUUGGAGGAGGAAAUGAAACCCACAUUUGAAGCCGCACUACAGGACACCGGUGCUGGUUCUCAUGCCAGACGAAAGGCGAUCGUAGAGUCAAAGAUGAAACAGGAUGACAUCCUCAUAUGCGACAGAAUGAUAGAUCGCCUCGUGGACGGAGUCGCCGAAAGAAUAGCCGAGGUGCCAGCUCAGCUGAGAAACACUGCUGCCGAAGGAUCCCGCAAUGUCCAGCAACAACUGUCCUUCCUGGUCAACAACCUUGUCGAAAACUACUGUCUAGAUCCUGUGAUGAACGCGAACAAGGUCGAAUUUCAGAACAAUGUCCGUACUCACAUCGGAAAUUGGGAGGAUGCCUGGGCCGAAGAGGGGAACUACGCGGAGCACAUACUCGACCGGGAUCUCGGAAUUCCAUGCACUAUUCCGGAGCCUCCCUUUCAGGAUAUCUCUGAGUCUGAAGACGAGGCCGCGGACGUAAGUUCCAGCAGUAGUGAUGAAGAACCUUGA